AUGAAUACUCUCACUCUCUCCCUGACCACUCGCUCUCUCUCCCCGACAGCUCUCGCUGUCUCCGACCCCGACCGCUCGCCCUCUCAUCGGCCAGUCGCUCGCCAGCCAGUCGCCACCCUCUCCCUCUCGUUGGUGUCUUCCUCACCGCAGUCUUGCUCCUCACCACCCAUAACCCUAGCAACCCGCCUCCCUCUCAUCGGUGAAAGGUGUUAUUUUUACCAGCUGGGGUGCUCGAUUCGUGGCGGCGGUGCUCGAUCCGUGCUGGAGCAGCGGGAGGAGGAGGCCAAGGUGGAGAUCGUGGUGCGGGAGGGGGAGCUCGGCGAGACGGCGGCUGGAUCUGAAGCGCGGCUUCUCCACCUUCCUCAGGGUGGCGGGGAUCUCCGGCUCGCUUCAGAGAAGAAGGGCCCGACCGCUGGCGUCAUCCGCCGCUUCCUCAGGGUUGGCGGCGGCGGGCUGUGGUUCCGGCGGAAGGGCGACACGUUCAAGGUGCUGCAGGUGGCGGACAUGCACUAUGAGGACGGGCGGAGCACCGCGUGCGAGGACGUGCUGCCCGAGCAGGUCGCCGGCUGCUCCGACCUCAACACCACCGCCUUCCUCUACCGCGUCAUCCGCGCCGAGAACCCCGACCUCGUCGUCUUCACAGUUCACUACUCGAGGUGCUGGGCCGUGGCUUCGUCGAGGCGGACGACAACCACUCCCGUGCAAACAAAGGUGAGCAUUCAGGAAAAGAACAUACAAGUGCUCUUUCUUUAGUAAACUCUCAAUUGCACUGUCUAGCAGAAUCUUUGUAAGCAAACAUCAACUUUUUUUCAAUGGAGUUGAUACUCA